GUGCUGAGGAUUUGGGUCUCGGGACAGGGGCUGAAGCCGGGUCUGGCUGCGCUCUGCGGGGUCUUCGGGGAAGAUGGCGGACGUGUCCGGCAGCAACGGUGACACGGCAGGGCCCGUGGGGAAGGAGGCGGUGGAUCGAAUGAUUCAAGAGAACAACCACCUGUUCACAGAUGUCCAGUGUAAAGUGUGCAAUGCAGUGCUCAUUUCUGAGUCCCAGAAACUUGCCCAUUACCAGAGCAAGAAACAUGCAAACAAAGUGAGGAGAUACACAUCUAUUCACAAAGAGGAGGAGUUUAAUGAUGGGAAGAAAUUGAAGCUAGAUUCAAAACAGGAGAGCAGCCAUGGCGAUGACAGGGAUCGGUGCUGUGCCAUCUGCAACAUGACCUUUUCUUCCCCCAUCGUGGCCCAGUCUCACUACCUGGGGAAGACCCAUGCCAAGAACAUGAAGUUGAAGCAGAGUAACUCCCAGGCGGAAGUUCCAUCAAAACUCCAAACGAAUGCUACAACCCCUAGUCUCAGUGAAGACAGUGGUGACACAUCUGAUCCAGACAAGUUCUGCAACCUCUGCCAUGCCACUUUCAACAAUCCUUCCAUGGCCAAGCAGCACUAUAUUGGCAAGAAGCAUAGAAAACAAGAGACCAAAAUCAAGCUGAUGGCUCAUUAUGGCAAGAGCAAGGAUUCCCCCAUGACACCUUCAGAAGCUGGGUGGGGCUACCCCUGCAACACAUGCAAAAUCAUACUGAAUUCCAUAGAGCAGUACCAGGCGCACAUCAGUGGCUUCAAGCACAGAAACCAUAUACCAGGAGCUGUGCCGAUCCUAGGACGCUUUCCAAAGCAGCAGUAUGUUCGAGAAGAAACAGUGUCCUCAGGAGACUACAGUUACUUUAGCCAAGACUCCUAGAGCCAGUGGCAAUACUGUUCUCUUCAAGUUGGUGCCAGCCAAGAACAAGCUGCUAGUGCCAACUCUCAGCGGCUCUGUUAUCUGGUCAGAAACUGGCCUGUGCCUCCCUCUGAUAGUGACUGCACAGGACAAAAGCAGAAACGACUUAGUUUGGAAGGGAUCUGAUGUAGCAAGCUUUGCUCCAUCUCAUGUGCUCUAUUAGGAAGCUCCUUUGGCAUAAUCUGUUAAUUGACAUCUUGUUCUGUGUGUUUCUCAAACAUACAGGUGGUGUCCCUCCUUUAUAUAUGUCACUUCUUGCCACUCCUUUGCCUCUAAGCUGUGUCCCUGCCGUCUACAAACAGCGCAGAACUCUUGGGUUUCAAGAAUAGCACUUUGACUAGUUUAUCUUAGAUCAGGAGUAAUAACAUAGAGCUGGAUGUUAGCAAAAUUGUUAUUCCCAACUCCCACUUGAACUUGUGUGUCUAGGUGUGUCUUACAUGGUCUUCCCUGAUGGGAAAACUUGCAUAGGAUUUAUCGCCCUAUGUUUGGAGAGACAAGUCCUUGCGUUUUUCCUAGUGCUCUAGACACCUACUAGGGAAACCACGGAAUGGGAGUACCAAACCAUGGCAGGGGUAGGGAACCAAAAAACAUGCUGUUCCUAAGACAACUUCUAGCAAGGUAUUGACCAACUCUACUUAUUUAUCCCUCAAAAGAAAGGCACCUUAGACCAAGUUAUUUCCAGUUGUGCAGGAGGGGUUCGCAUUUGAAUCUAAUUGAUCUGUUGCAAUGUUUUCUGACUUUUUGUUGGAAGCCUCAUAUCUACUCCUCAUGAUAUCUAAAAGGUACUAGGGAGGCUGUGCUACUCCACAGCAGCACAAGGUUCUUUCCCCUCCCAGCUGUUGCUACUCCCAAUCACAUGUCAUCAUUGGAAGGUUACUCUGAGGGUGCAAGUUGAAGGAGAUCACUUGGUAGCAUCUCUGCUUGCCAAGGUCUGCUGCCUAUCUGCUUUACAGAUAUAGACCACAUUAAAGUCAUUAUUCACCUGA